UUGCCGGAGUGUCAAAACUUAAAAAACAAUGUUGAUUGUUGUUUGAUUAACUUACCGGUCGUUAAAUUUUAACAGAAGUAGUAGUUUAACACUUAACUUAAUUGAAAUGGAUAAUUAUCAAAAACAACCCUUAAAAUUGUACAUACAAGACAUUUUUCGCGCCAAAAGGACAGAAGAAAAUAAAUAUAUCUACGAAAUAUUCGGUAUUAAGUUUAAGAAUAUUAUGAUACACGGUGUAGUCACGUCAAUGUACAAUAUUACAACAAAAACCACUAAUUUCGAGAUAAGCGACCCUACUGGCUGCGUGCAAGUAUAUUAUGACUCAACGAAAAACAACACCGCUGUGUCCGAUGCUACUAUAAAAGAUCUAGUGAAAAAUCUUUCAAUAAUUACAAGAAGAGGUGACGAUAACGCACCUACAAUGUCUGCAUUAUUUAAUUCGAUAGAAAAAAAAUAUAAGAACCCGUUUGAUUUUGUUGAGGGUUCAAAUGUUAGUGUGAUCGGUGAUAUAUUUAUUGACGAUUUAAGAAAUACUAGAAUGGUAUCUGCUUAUCAAUGUAAGACUACAGCGGUGGAAAGGGAUAUUGUUUGGUUAGAAGAAUUAAGGUAUCUUUAUGAUAAAUAUUACAUACAGACUGAAUCCUAGAUUCAUAGUCCUUAUGUAAUAUUUAUCAUAAAGAUUAAUAGAAAUAAUUGUACCUUCUGUUAUUUAGUUAAGGAAUUUGUUUAUAUUUACAGUUGAUCCACAUUAAUCCGAUUAAUGUCAAUGUAUGUUUCAAUAUGUGAAUUGUUCACGGCAUAGUAGCUAUGUUAUUUGAUGAAUUACAAGAUGCUCUUUCUCAAAACAGAUAUGAAAUACAAGGGCUCGGUAGCAGUACUCUGUAGUCUGACAAAGUUGAUCACCCAAAACUGCGUUGUAUAUGCCUUGUUUGUUAGAUUAGUAUGGAUUCACAGUACUUCAAUAAAAUAUGCCUGAAUACAAUA